GGCAGGAGGGGGAGAAAGGCCUCCCCUGAGGAUCUUAACACCUGAGCAGGUUUAGAAAGGGAGACACGGUCUUCGAGAUGGCCUGGGACUGAGUCGUUUAGGGCUUCAUAGAACCAGCACUUUGAAUUGUGCCUGGAAAGGGAAUCGGCAGCCCACGAAGUGGCUGUAACAGGGAGGUUGUGCCAUUGCCCGUAUGCAGCCCCAGGCAAGCCCCUGUCCAUUGCUUGUGGUUUCCACAGGCCAUCCAGUGCGAGUACAGGUUGGAAAGAUACUUGAACACCCAAAAUCGUAUCAUGCCAACUGGUGGAAGUCCAGGGACACAAAGCUCAGCAGCGAAUUGCCACCAAUUUAAGAGUUGGCGCUUUGAUUUCUCAGAACGCACAAAUCACACAGUUGGUGCAAAGCGAGAAACGGCGCACGUCUUGACCUCUCAGCGGGUGCCGGUUUGCCUCUAAGAGUGAUGCCACCGGACGGAGGGCGGGUGGGUAUCAGCAAUGAAAUUCUGGCCACUUCCUAAUCAUGGUGCUCUUUUAACAAAAUUACUGUUUUGCAGGCUGCUUGGAGUGACUCCUUGAUUCAAUGAGAAAGCCAGUCUUUAAAAAUAGUAAUUAUUUAUGACAUGGGCAUAUAUUAACUAAUCGUGUGUGAUUUGCAUACGGCGUAUAUAUUUUAUCCUCAUGCACCGGAAUAGAACAGCUUGUGCUGAAUAAAAGGUGAGCUUUUUGAUGAGAAUCGCAGGAAAGUUAGCACGAAGCAACGUGGAGACGCUGGGGGAGAGAUGAACGUGCCACAUCCAUGUUUCAUGCCUGCCCUGGAAAUGCCCUUCUCUUCGCUACCACUACCGAAUGGGAUCAACUUACAACCAAACCCUGUCCCGACAGCACCUCUGGACGCAGAGAGCACAGCAUGGAGCAAGUUCAUGCGGGGCGGCUGGGGGGGGCACCAAUAUACUGUACCCCUGUGGCAAAAAAGCAACAGAUGCCUUGGGACGGCUCGCAGCUGUCUUCCGCUUGUAAUAAACGCACACCUGUGUACAACCGGUGGUUGAAAGUGGGGACAGUAGCUCGUCGCCUACUGCUAGCCAUAGCUAGAGAGUAAAUACAUUUUGAGGGGAUAAAGAAGAGUCAACACCUUGGUAAAUCUCACAAAUCAAUAUGCGAAAUCUUGUUGGCACAAAGCGGUGCCAUGCUAGCUUUAUGAUGUAAUCCUCUGGUUUUGGAAAAUUGUAAUUUAAAUUAAAUUAAAGCUUUUGGGCGGCAACAGUGUCCAAUCUUGGUUGGCGGGAGUUAAAAUCUGGUAUAGAAAAGAAGCAAACCGACUAAAGGAAACGGAAGGAGGAUCUGAUCUGGAUUAUAUUUGCAACCGAGGAGGAAUAAGGGUUGGCCCAUCAGAGCCUUCAGAAAAGGAACUGGAAGUGACCUCUCCAGUAGUCAUGGGAAGGGGCUUCAGAGACAGAGGACAUUAAAGGCUGGAGCAAAUGGCGCAUCGUCUGACCUUUUGCCAUUCCACAUAUCCCAUGUGAUGUUAUAAAAGCACUCAGCUGGACCACAGGCUGUUCCUCCAGAUCCUUCCAAAGGACCAUGGACAUUAUUUUCAUAAAUUGCCGAGCCCUGGACCAAAAGUUAUGGAUUGAAAAGCCCCAACCUGUGCUACUCCUGAGGUGGACCAAGCAAAAAGCCCCUGGCUUGGCUGGGGUUCCAGAAGAUGCUCAAGCUUCCGGAAGGCCGAUUGUGUGGACGUUCCACAGGCCCACCAUCGGCCAUUUCUCUUUCAGCCGUUACUUGGAGCGGACCCUCUGUCAGGCGCAGGGCAGGGUGCAGAGUGGAGAUGGCGGCUUCCCCUGAGAGGGCUUCCACGUGGGAACCUCCCCCGGUCCAGUGAAUCAGGCCGCUGGCCCGGUGGUCAAGGCCAGCCCUCGUUUCCUAGCAACGCAGAAGGAGAACCCGCUGACGUCGGCCUCCCAUUGCUGAUGCAGGUCUCAAAUGACGUGGAACCGCUACCAGGAGCCGCACCUGGUGAUGGGUGCCCCAGCUGGGGUGCUCCUGGGGAUCGUGGCCCUCCUGCGGUUGUUGGGGGCGCACGGCUAUGACCCAGAAACUUGUGGGAAGCGGCCCCUGGCCCCCAGCCAUGGCGGCAGCCUGCGGAUCGUGGGUGGCAUCGAUGCCUUGCCAGGAUCGUGGCCUUGGCUGGUCAGCAUCCAGAUCCCUUCCGACAAGGGGCCAAAGCACUCGUGCGGGGGGUCCUUGCUGGCCCCUCCUUGGGUCCUCACGGCGGCCCACUGCUUCAAGACAAAGAGGAGGUCCUUGCAUCUUUGGAAGAUCGUGGUGGGUGCCACGGACCUCUCCGACUUGCCCAAGACGGUCCAGCUACGCUCCGUGCGCAAAGUCAUCCUUCACCAGGAUUAUAAUCCACGCACAGAGGCCAACGACAUUGCGCUCAUUCAGCUUGACAACCCUGUCACCUUCGGCAACUACGUGCAGCCAGCCUGCUUGCCCGAGAGCACUGCGGACUCCAAAACCACCUUCUCCCACUGCUACAUCAGUGGCUGGGGAACCACCUCUCAGAACAGUGUUAAAACUUCAGAUGUCCUGCAGGAAGCAAAAGUGAACCUUCUGCAGACAGAGAAGUGCAACAGUAGCCACUGGUACAACGGGGCCGUGGGGCCCCACACGUUGUGUGCUGGCUACGUGCAAGGGGGCGUCGACACUUGCCAGGGGGACAGUGGGGGGCCCUUAAUGUGCAAGACGUCCCCCAAAUCCGUCUACUACAUAGUCGGCAUCACUAGCUGGGGCAAAGGCUGUGCCCAAGCCAACAAUCCCGGGAUCUACACCUCGACCAUAGACUUCCUGGAAUGGAUCUUGGGGCAGAUGAUGAGAGCCAAAGCGGGGAAGCCCGCAAGGAAGGAAGGUCUGCCGAAGAACAACACGGAACCCACUCCGGCCCAUCCCGGGGGCAUCACGCUCCUUCCGGUGACCACGCUGGUGCAGAAUGAGUUGGAGUUCCCCACAGAGACCCCAGCGGCCACCACCAGCACCCUCCCCAAGCCGGGCGCCAUCCCUUUGCCCCCAGAUGCCUCCCCGGGAGCCUCUGAAACGGCCGCGGGCGUGGGCAGCAUCCCUCUGCCCCCCGACGCCUCUUCCGAACCCCCCCGAAGCACAAGCGAGUUCUCCUCCACCGCUGCCUCUCUUGAAACCAGCCUUGGCCUGGCCCCUCUGCCAGCAAGCGCCUCUUCGGGAACUCUGGAGACGCCAAGAGAGGAGGGGGGAAGGGGCCUCCCCGCUUCCGCAAAGCCUCCCCAGCGGCCCAAUGCAACCUUGGCCCCAAAGCCUAAUGAGACGGAGCCCACGGUCAUUAUACCCUACACGACGCCGGAGCCCCCCUUUGUCCCCCCACCACCGACCUAUACCACUACUACCGCAGAAGAGGCCACAGAAGAGGCCACGGAAGAGGCCACGGGAGAGCCACUGGCACAGGGACCUGUUUUUCUGGAACCCUCAGAGGAAGAAUCCGCCACCAAGGAACCCUCAGAGACCACCCCAGAGGAGACCACGGCUGCCGAGGAGCCUUCGACGACCACGACCACGACAGGACCUUCGACCAGCUCGCCACGAACGACAAGCACUCUAGAGCCCCCUUACAUUCCCGCUGAUUCAGAGAUGGCUCCGACCCUGGAGCCCCCCUACAUCCCCCCCGAGAACCCGGUCACGUUAGAGCCUCCCUACAUCCCCGACGAGGAGACACUGGUCACUCUGGAACCCCCCUACACCCCCGACGAGUCCACCGUCACUCUAGAACCCCCAUACACUCCUUCAGAAUCCAUGCGCACCCUGGAGCCCCCCUACACACCUUCAGAGAAGCCGUACACCAAGCCAGAGCCUCCGUAUGUUCCCAAGGAGACCCCGGGCAAACUGGGCCGCCCCUAUACGCCGCCAGAGUCCCACAAUCACCCCACCCCGCCUCCAUACGUCCCUAGGGAGUCGACGGCCCAGAUUGAGCGGCCCUAUACACCGCCAGAGUCCCCAAACCCAUAUUUGGAGGGCCCGUACAUUCCUUCAGUGGCCGGCCAAUCCGGCCCCCGACUAGAGCACCCAUAUCUGCCCCGAGAGGAACCUCACCCUAUUGAGCAGCCAUAUAUGCCGCCAGAGGCCCCACCUCCUCGUUUAGAGUCCCCCUUCAUCCCCCCAGACAUAGAAGGGCCCCUGGAGGGCUUGAAACAUCCUCCGCUGAAACCUCGCCCCCGAGGAUCCCAGUACGUCGCUCGAAAGAAAGCUAAAACACCAGAGAACCCCUACUUCCAUCUAAAGACGGCUGCCCCCCUGCAGCUUCCGGAUACUCCUCUAAUCCCUAACGUCCCAGAGCACCCGUAUCUGUAUGGGGUGCCCGUUGCCCAGCCAAAAUCUUCCAGGCGUUUCAGGAUGCCCUACGCUCCUCGCAGCUGGCGGGCCGCUCCUCCUGGCCAGCGCUUAUAA